CUGGGGGCCAUGGAGUCUCAGGUGGGGGGGGGCCCGGCCGGCCCAGCCCUGCCCAAUGGGCCACUCCUGGGCACCAACGGAGCGACUGACGACAGCAAGACCAACCUCAUCGUCAACUACCUGCCCCAGAACAUGACCCAGGAUGAGUUCAAGAGUCUGUUCGGCAGCAUCGGUGACAUUGAGUCCUGCAAGUUGGUUCGGGACAAGAUCACAGGCCAAAGCCUCGGCUAUGGAUUUGUGAACUAUUCUGACCCCAACGACGCAGACAAAGCCAUAAACACCCUCAACGGCCUCAAACUGCAGACCAAGACCAUCAAGGUGUCCUACGCCAGGCCCAGCUCUGCAUCCAUCCGGGAUGCCAACCUGUAUGUCAGCGGGCUCCCCAAGACCAUGAGCCAGAAAGAGAUGGAGCAGCUCUUCUCACAGUACGGGCGCAUCAUCACCUCGCGCAUUCUGGUGGACCAGGUCACAGGUGUCUCUCGGGGUGUGGGGUUCAUUCGCUUUGACAAGAGGAUCGAGGCCGAGGAGGCCAUCAAAGGAUUGAAUGGGCAGAAGCCGCUCGGUGCGGCCGAGCCCAUCACGGUCAAGUUCGCCAACAACCCGAGUCAGAAGACGGGGCAGGCGCUGCUCACCCACCUCUACCAGUCGUCCGCCCGGCGCUAUGCAGGCCCCCUGCACCACCAGACACAGCGCUUCCGGCUGGACAACCUGCUCAACAUGGCCUACGGAGUCAAGAGUCCCCUGUCGCUCAUCGCCAGGUUCUCUCCGAUCGCCAUCGACGGCAUGAGUGGCCUGGCCGGCGUGGGGCUGUCGGGGGGCGCGGCUGGCGCCGGCUGGUGCAUCUUCGUGUACAACCUGUCACCUGAGGCGGACGAGAGUGUGCUGUGGCAGCUGUUUGGGCCCUUUGGUGCAGUCACUAACGUCAAGGUCAUCCGUGACUUCACCACCAACAAGUGCAAGGGCUUCGGCUUUGUCACCAUGACCAACUACGACGAGGCGGCCAUGGCCAUCGCCAGCCUCAAUGGCUACCGCCUGGGAGAGCGUGUGUUGCAGGUGUCAUUCAAGACCAGCAAACAGCACAAGGCCUGAGCUGCCCCCUCCCCGCCACCCUGUCCCUGGGCAGCAGAGAGAGAAAGAGAGAGAAAGAGAGAGAGAGAGAAAAAGAGGGGCCCGAGAGAGACAG